CUCAUUGGAAAAAAGUAUCGACCAAAUGAUUAAUACACGGCAACUGAGUCCGUAUACAUAAUAUUAUUGAGUAGCCUAAAAAAUAUGUUUAAUUUGUUGCAAAAAGGAAUAGUCGACUCAACAUCUACUUUGAGAAAAGAAUGCAGAAGUUGAGUGGAUUCAAAGUUAAUGCAUUUUUUGAGCUGGAAAAACUGAUGUUUUUUUGACAAAACACCUUGUCGUUAAGUAUGGAAAAAUUGCUGCGUAAUGUCAUCGAAAUAAAAUAAAAAAAUAUCAAAAAUCUGGCACAAAAGUCAAAACAAACAAUAUGCAAAGAAUGUUUCAUGGUUAGUGAAACAAAAUGGGAAAUAUACAGCUACGCAGCCCUACUGAUAUUGUGUCAAAGAAUCCUGACGAAUUAACUUCAAAAUGUUGUGGUAAGAUAUGUUAUAAAAUUGGAAGCGAUUGGUUUCGAUGGGGAAGACAUCUAGGCUUAAGCGAUUCAGAUCUUGAUAACAUUGGCUCUGAUAAUACAAAAUGUUAUGAGAAAGCUGUAAAUGUUUUAAAAAAAUGGAAACAAGUAAAUGGAAAUACUUCAUGGGAGCAAUUAAAAAAUGAAUUAAUAUCCUUUGAACGUUCAGAUAUAGUGGUUGAAAUUGAAAAAGAUUUUGGAGAUUACUUAUGUACCCCAGAUAAAAAAAGAUACCCACCUGAUGAUCUGCCUCAACAAACUAACAAAAAAAUUAAUAAAGAUAUAUCAGAGAUAAGCACAGCACUGAAAAAUUAUUAUCUCGUAAAUUAUGGAAAAAUAAAUGAAAUUCAACCGCCAUUAAAAGCACCUGCAAAUGUUGAUCUAAUACAUAAAUUUGUUGAUCUAUGUAUCGUUGAUUCAGUUGAUAUUCAAAUGGAUACUGUUUAUAGUGUUGAGCGUAAGGAGUUUCUCGAAAAGCAAAUGAGUUAUACACCAAUUCCAUAUGGUGAAGUAUUUAUAAAAGAAAAAUCUGUUAUAUUAAUAUCUGGAAUAGCUGGUAUUGGAAAAACAUGGUUGCUUAGAAAAUGUUUGCUUGAUUGGUCAAAUGAUUUAAUUUGGAAAAAAGUUGAACUUGUUUUUUAUUUGGAAUGCAGGAGGCUAAAUCAAUAUCAAAAUAUUUCUAAUAUUAAUGAACUACUAAAUGUUUUCUACAAAGAUAUUAUGAACGGUUUUUAUAUUAAUAAUCAUACUGCGCUGUUUAUAAUUGAUGGAUUAGACGAGUUUAAGUUUUUUAAUGAGUUAAUAAAUCCAAAUUUAAGUUGUAACUAUCCGAUUGUUAAUGCUUUAGCAGAAAUUCAAAAUUACAAUCAUGUUGUAGCUGGUAGAGUUUAUGCAAUUGAUCAAUACCAAUGUAUAUCAACAGAGCACAGGGAUAAGCUUAUCAUUCAAGUAAUGGGGUUUAAUGAAAAUGGAAUAAAUAACUAUAUAGAAAAUAAUGUAAUGGAAGGGAAAAAAGAAGUAGUAAAAGCAACUUUAAAGGAAUCUUCAAUUGCAAAAGCCAUGGCAUCUGUUCCAUUUUAUUUAUCAUCCAUGUGUAAAAUUAUUAGUGGUUCAAAGAAAUUAAAUAAAAAAUUUUUCUUAACAAUGACAGAUUUGUAUGCAAAUAUUUUUUUAUAUUUUUUGCAAAAACACAUUAUCAAAAACAAUAAAUUGAUUUAUGAGAUAAUGGAAGAUGAUUCCAAUAAAAAAUAUGUUUUGAAUAUUUGUAAAAUUGCAUAUGAGUUGUUUGUUGAAAAUAAAGUAAUUUUUUCCAAAGAAGAACUUCAAACUUUUAUCAGUGACUUUGAUCAAAAUGAAGGUAAUAUUUUUGGAUUUAUAGAAAGGAUUGAAACAAAUCUGGGUUAUUAUUAUCAAUUUGCACACUUAACAAUAAUGGAGUUUUGUGCAUCAGUAUAUGCAUAUAAUUGUUUAAGUAGUGAUGAGAUAAUGGCCAAUAAAAAGCUGAAAAGUUGUUUAUCAAUGAUUUGUGGAUUAACCAAUAAAAGCCAAAAUAGUUUAUUAAAAUUUCUUGUUAACCUGAAUCCUUCAAAAAAAUCCCAUAAAGAAUCCUUACUUUUGUCUUCUGUUUUUGAUUUAAGUAAUGACGUUAAUUUAUUCAUUGAAAGUUUUUAUGAAAGUCAAUCGUCAUUUACUAAUGAAAUAAAAUCGUUUGUCGACAAACGGCAAGGGUGGAGUAUUUCGAUUGACAAUGGAAAAACUUCUUACGAAACUUCUUGUGAAACUUAUUUCGUUAAUCAUUUCAUUAAAUCUGGUAGAAAGUUAUUUUCGUUGUAUGUUCGUAAAAAUAUUUUAAGUGAUGAAGAAAGAAAUCUUUUAAUUCAAUGUUCGACUAAUGUUCGCGUAGUUGACUUUAAUCAACCAAUUAAAUUUAAAGGAUGGAAACCUAAACAUAAAAUUGAAUGGUUGUCGAUAUACAUUUCCUUUAAUUUAUCGAAAAAAGAUUUUGAAGAAAACUUUCUCCCGUGGAUUAACGUUUGCGAAAGAUUAGAUCUCUCCCUUCACAACGAUAUUGAUUUUAUUGAAGGUAUUUAUGAAUGGAUUCGUUAUUUAAAUAUUAAGAAAAUGUCGAUCAAGUACCGUGAAAAAGAAUUUCAUAACGUCGAUAAAUUAAAAAAUUUUAUAACGCGGAAAAAUGUUUAAUAUCAUAAAUAUAUAAAUUUCAAAUAAAAAUUUUAAA